AUGGAUAUAUUUAGAAUAUUGUCAAGGGGAGCAUCCCUUAAGAAGAGUAAGGAUAUUACAACUGAUUAUGCUGUACCAUCAAGGAAGCAAUUUGUUAAUGAAAAGCAAAAAGAAGAGAGUUUGAAAAACUUGGUUGAAAAAGAAGUUGAUUUUUUUCAUACCAAGAAACACAGCAGUCAUAAAGAAAAUGAAAAGGGAAAAGAAGAUGAAGAUGAUGAAAUAGAAGAUGACAUUCCACCGUUGACGAUAUCCAGUGAUGAGGAUGCCCGUAAAUUGCGUAAGCUUAAUAAAUCUAAAGUCAGUGGAGAUGACAUUCCGUUACCUAUUGGCUCAUUCGAAGAUUUAAUUGGGAGAUACAAGUUGGAUAAGAAGUUGUUGUCAAACUUAAUAGACGCUGGUUUUACAGAACCAACCCCAAUUCAAGAUGAAGCAAUUCCUAUAUCAUUGGAAGGCAGAGACCUAAUAGCAUGUGCACCCACAGGAUCUGGUAAAACAUUAGCAUUCUUAAUUCCCUUAGUUCAGACCAUAUUACAAUCUAACCCUAAUGUUAAGAAUUAUGGUAUUAGAGGGUUAAUUAUAUCUCCUACUAACGAAUUGGCGGUACAAAUAUUCCAAGAACUCGAAACGAUGACAAAGGGUAAGAAAAUGAAAAUUGGUAUAUUAUCAAAGCAAUUAGCCAACAAAAUCAAUAAUAAAAUUGUAAACUCUAACAAAUACGAUAUUUUAGUUUCUACUCCAUUAAGAUUAAUUGAUAGUAUCAAAAACGAAACAAUUAGUUUGUCAAGGGUUGAGCAAUUAGUCAUAGAUGAAACAGAUAAGUUAUUUGACCAAGGCUUCGUCGAACAGACCGAUGAAAUUUUAUCUAACUGUACAAAUGCUAAAUUGAGAAAAUCAAUGUUUUCUGCAACUAUUCCUUCGGGUGUCGAAGAAAUGGCCCAAUCAAUAAUGAAAGACCCUAUCAGAGUAAUCAUUGGUCAUAAAGAAGCUGCCAGUAAUACUAUUGAACAAAAAUUAGUAUUCACUGGUAAAGAAGAGGGUAAAUUGUUAGCGAUAAGGCAGAUGAUACAACAAGGGGAAUUUAAACCACCAAUUAUUAUUUUCUUGCAGUCCAUUACCAGAGCAAAAGCGUUAUUUCAUGAAUUAUUGUAUGACAGGUUGAAUGUUGAUGUCAUUCAUGCCGAAAGAACUCCAAAGCAAAGAGAUGAAGCCAUUAAAAGAUUUAAGAGUGGUGACAUUUGGGUUCUAAUUACGACAGAUGUUAUUUCUAGAGGUGUGGAUUUCAAAGGUGUUAACUUGGUGAUAAAUUAUGAUGUACCACAAAGUGCACAGGCGUACGUUCACAGAAUUGGUAGAACUGGUAGAGGUGGUAAAUCCGGUAAAGCUGUAACUUUCUUUACAAAAGAAGAUGACAAAGCUGUCAAACCCAUUAUCAAUGUAAUGAAGCAGUCUGGUUGCGAAAGUGGAUAUAGUGAAUGGAUGGAAGAUAUGCAUAAGUUGACUAAGAACGAAAAGAAAGACGUAAAGAAACAUGAAAUUAAGAGAAAGCAGAUCAGUACAGUUCCAAAAGUCAUGAAACAAAAGAGAAAACAAAGGGAAGAAAUGAUUGAAGCUUCUAAAAGGAGAAAACACGAAGCCCAGCUGCAUACUGAAGAUUAA